AUGUUUAUGCUCCGAAACCUGAGUAAAUUUGUCUUUGGCGACAGCUCCAAGGAAACUCUUGUCGAAAUCCCCCAGGGCCAGCUUUAUAUUGUUCGCCCCCGCUCAGUCAAGGGCUACUCAGAGCUCAUCUUCAAAGACGCUGCCGCUACUAUCCGGCGCACCGGUCAGGAGUUCCAGUACCAGCUUGUUGUCCAGCGUGCAUACGAAGAAGGUGAGGAGGAUCUGCUCGCCGAAGAGAACGAAGACGCCGCACUAGAAGCGCUCGCCGGCGACAAGGACGAGAAGACUUUCCUUCUUGACGAGGACCUACAGUUUCGCGACGACGUUCGCUCGACUGGUGAGAGGAUCUUUGCGUGGCGCGACCUGAGUGGCGACAUCGACGAUAUCUGGGAGUUUGUUUGCGACGCUUCUAUCAAGCCCGAGACUGCUGCUCUGUUUGAGCGCGUAGCUCUACAGUGCCAAUACGAGCGCAAGUUUAGACGAAGCCGCGAACACGCGACCGAGGACGAUCUCGCCGCCCUAGCCUACUACGAAGAGCCCAUACCCGACGCGAGCCCCGUCAUCAGCCCGACAAGCUCGGCCAUUUUCACUCGACCCAUCGAACCUCCAACCGCCGAAGAGCUCUUUCCCAACACAACUAAAGAAAACAUGAAGAAGAAGGUGGCAGGAAAGGAGCUGGUGCCGGCCAAGGAGGAAGCUACAGCUGCUCCGCCGUCUGCUGCACAGCCAGCAGCUCAGGAGACGUUGGCUGAGGGCGAUGCCGAGCUUCAUUUGUUCGACUUUCCCUCGGGCACCUUUGUGAAACAAGAUGCCAAGGUCAACGUCACAGUGACGGAGAUUGGUAACUGGAACUACUGGCUACACAUUGUUGGUGAAGAGCGCGAAUGGCUCGGACAGCCCAUCGUCGAGGACAUCAACCCCGUCUUCAACUAUGAAUACCAAUCUUUCAUCUUCAACCACUACCUCGACGAUGGCUCAGCAUACUCAUGGCUUUUGAAAUUCAAGAAUCAAGAGGAGCUCGAAAACAUCCAGCAGGGUGUGAUGCAGGCUCUCUGGGAGCACUUGAACAAGGUCAAAUGGGGCAAGGCAAAGGACACCGACCGUGAAUACGUUCUGGAAGCUUUCCAGGAUAUGACUAUGGAAGAUGCGCCAGACCAGGAAGAAGAGGAGGAAGAGAGCGAAGACGAGUACGAGAGCACCAACGAGCAGCGGAGCGAACACUACGACUCGGAUGAGUCAGAAGAGGACGUUGAGACUGGUCCCAAGGAUGGUGAUGAGAACUCGCAGCUGGCUGUUGGUUACAAACACGACAGGUCGUUCGUUGUGCGUGGUGACAAGAUUGGUGUGUUCAAGCAUACUCCGGACAACCAACUACAAUUCUCGACUGCCAUCACGAACAUCAAGACUCCAGGCGGUAAAGCGUUCAAUCCUGACAAGGUCAUGCUUCAUCAGCAGGAUCGGGAUAUGAUUCUGCAGACCCUGGACAACCCGAACAACCUCUACCGGAUGGAUCUCGAGACCGGCACUGUCGUCGAUGAGUGGAAGGUUCACGAUGAUAUCCCUGUCAAGGUCUUUGCACCAGAGAACAAAUUUGCCCAGAUGAGCGGUGAACAAACCUUCUUGGGUCUAUCCGACAAUGCUCUUUUCCGUGUAGAUCCCCGCCUGGCCGGCAACAAGCUUGUUGAUGAUCAGCUCAAGCAAUAUGCAACAAAGAAUGCAUUCUCCGCCGCUGCCACAACCGAAAAGGGCCACAUCGCCGUCGCAUCCGAGAAAGGAGACAUCCGUCUAUUCGACCGUCUCGGCAUCAACGCCAAAACUCUCAUCCCCGCCCUCGGCGACCCCAUCAUCGGCAUGGACGUCUCAGCCGACGGUCGCUGGGUGCUUGCCACCACCCGAACCUACCUCCUCCUCAUUGACGCGCUUCAAAAAGGCGGCAAAAACGAUGGCAAACUGGGCUUCGAAAAGUCGUUCGCCAAAGACGACAAACCCCAACCCCGGCGCCUCGCCCUCACACCCGCCCACGUCGCACAAUUUCAACACGAAACAAAAGCCCCCAUCUCCUUCACCACUGCGCGCUUCAACACUGGUCUCGAUGACAAGGAAACUACAAUCAUCACUGCUACAGGCCCAUUCAUCAUCACGUGGAGUAUGAAGAAGGUCCUUGCUAACCGCAGGGAUCCGUAUAACAUUAAGCGCUAUGCUGAGCAGGUCAAGGCUGAUAAUUUCAAGUUUGGGUCAGACAAGAAUUUGAUUGUGGCAUUGCCGAAUCAGGUUGAUAUGGUGGCGAAGAGGGCGUUGCAGAGGCCGACGAGGGAGAGCAUUGCUAUGCCUAGUCGUGUUGGUGGGGGUGCGGGACGGAGGAGUGGGGUGAGGGGUAGUUAUCUUGGGAGGAAUGAUAUUGUUGAUAGUCCGUACUAG